GAGAUGUUAAUCUCUGUGGCCCUGGGCCAGGUGUUAUCACUCCUUAUUUGUGGAAUUGGCUUGACUAGCAAGUACCUGACAGAAGAUUUCCAUGCCAACACACCCGUCUUCCAGAGCUUCCUCAAUUACAUUCUCCUCUUCUUGGUCUAUACCACUACACUGGCUGUCAGACAAGGAGAAGAGAACCUCCUGGCGAUUUUACGACGAAGAUGGUGGAAGUACAUGAUUUUGGGACUCAUAGACCUGGAAGCAAACUACCUAGUAGUCAAGGCUUACCAGUACACGACCCUGACCAGCAUCCAGCUCCUGGACUGCUUCGUGAUCCCCGUGGUGAUUCUGCUCUCCUGGUUCUUCCUGCUGAUCCGGUACAAGGCUGUGCACUUCCUCGGCAUCGUGGUCUGCAGGGUUGUGGGUGUCAGUCGCAGCCCGGAGACCCAGAAGGAGAACGCCGAGGUCCAAGCCAGGCAAGUGGGCUGCCCCAGGUCACAGAGCCAGCAGAGCAGGGACUGGUCCCCCAGGCUCCCAGAGCAGGACUCCCCGCCCCGGUGCUGCUGUGAGCUGAAGAUAGAGGGAAAAGCAAGCGAGACAGCCCCGGCCUCAGAUCCACAGCCCUACAACUCUGCCAGGCCCUACCUCAAGAGCACACUGAAAACGCACCCCUCGGCAUUUCUGAUUCUCUUCUAUGCAACGCUGGUUCCACGGCCUAUCAGUCAGUGUCAUACCAAAGAGCCUGUGCUGCGUUCUAUAUGUGGAGUGGCCUUGGAGAUGGACACUCUCUUUGGACCAACCAGAGGGGAAAAUAAGUUGGUGGGAGACCUCCUGGUCUUAGGAGGGGCCACACUCUACGGUAUCUCCAACGUCUGGGAAGAAUACAUCGUCCGAACCCUGAGCCGAGUGGAGUUCCUGGGAAUGAUUGGUCUUUUUGGAGCAUUUUUCAGUGGAAUUCAGUUAGCUAUAAUGGAACACAAGGAGCUGUUAAAGGUGCCCUGGGACUGGCAAAUAGGACUGCUCUAUGUCGGCUUCAGUGCCUGCAUGUUCGGGCUCUACAGCUUCAUGCCCGUCGUCAUAAAGAAGACCAGCGCCACUUCGGUCAACCUCUCUCUGCUCACGGCCGAUCUGUACAGCCUGUUCUGCGGAUUGUUUCUCUUCCACUACAAGUUUUCAGGCCUUUACCUACUGUCCUUCUUCACCAUCCUCAUCGGGCUGGUGCUCUACUCUUCCACGUCCACCUACGUCGCCCAGGACCCCCGUGUGUACAAGCAGUUCCGCAACCCCUCAGGACCUGCCGUGGACUUGCCAGCUGCCGCGCAGGUGGAGCCGUCGGUCACCUACACCAGCCUGGGCCAGGAGACCGAGGAGGAGCCCCACGUCCGCGUGGCCUAGGGCGAGGCCCGCCUGCCUGCAGGGCCGGCACCAGGCCAGGCGUUUGCUAGUCAUUGCUGUUGUGUGUGUAGAGAAAGGUAUUUACUGGGUGCAGUCUGCACAGGUGGACUGCAAGGUAGCAGACCUUCCGGAGCCGGUCAAGGGAGCCAGCCGCACACACCGGGAGACACAGGCUCCAACCACCUGACUUGGGGAGAUGCUAGCUAGUGUGCAUCCUGACCACAACCCCGUGCGUUCAUUACUGUGAAGAUUUUUGAAUCAAAAGCGAGUACUGCCGUUGUCGUUGUUUGAAUCAUGAUGGUUACUGUUAUCACACUGACCGUCAGGCGGAUGUUUUGUUCUCCUGGUGGGCACUAUUGCCAGGCCCACAUGUAGUCCAUGUAAGUCCUACUUUUCUAUGGCAAGUCCCUUUUUGAGAGUCAUUCUUUAUCUUUUGCACAGACUGCAUGGGUGACGCACGCCCCUGGAGCCCACCCCGAGACGGCUUCAUAUCCUAGGGACCUGGUGGCUGAGGUUUUCCUCCGUUCCCGGUUGGACUGCCUGCACAGACAUGUUUUGUGCCAUGACCCUUGUCGGGAGGGGCAACUGACCACACGAUUCUCUAUUCUAGGAAUAGAUAUGAAACACACCUUUCAGCCUUUUUAUAGUCCAACCUCUGCUGGCUCCAGGCCAUUGCCUUUCUGCUGUGCCACAUGGGCCUGCUGACCAAGUCCCUGAAAUGACAGGAUGAGGACUGAUCCACGUCUGUGGCUCACGGGCAGCCCCAGAAGCAGUCUCACUUGUCUUCAGGGCAAGGCGUCGUUUUAAAGUCUUCCACCCCUC